ACGUUCAUUACUCGACUUACACAACCCUAUUUCGGAGGAGCCUGCCUGAGCUAAAAGAAAAAUAAAAUUUGACUGGAAAACAAAUAUGUAGAGAUAUUAUAUACUACAUAACUCUGGACACCUUCAAUUUUCAUUUUCGCAAAAAUAUAUAUUUGUGCUGUCGUGGAUAAUCUGUUUUUCUUCUUUGAUUUUCGCUGUCUCUGGUCAUUUAUAUUGUUGUGCACUGGUCCAGAAGGGACGACGAUUUAGAAAUCCCUUAUGCUGUGGUUCUGCUGCAAGGAUCGUUUUCAGUAAACACAAGGGAGAUCGGUGUAGGUCGCGCCCUUUUCGGUGUACAAGUUCCAAUUAAGAGAACAUAGAUUUGAUAACAUGGCGGAACGUCCAAAGAAUUUAUUUGCUGGGCGACCAAGGGCACCACCUAAUGAAUUGAAUAUAAAUCCAUUGGUACAACGUCACCCGCCAUCGCUGUCAUCAACAUCAUCUGGAUCAGCGUCUUCAACGUCGGCAAGUAGCAUGGUGGUCGGUGGAUUACCUGUGAACAUGCCUACCGAGAGAACAAGAGAGCGAAUUAGACAGCAAGCUUGUGGCAAGUUACAAGUGGGUCCGAAUGCUAAUGACGUAUACCAGUUUACCUCUGAGGAUCUUGAGGACUUGGGGGAGAUUGGUCGCGGUGCAUUUGGUGCUGUCAACAAGAUGGUUUUCAAGAAGAAUGAUAUGGUUAUGGCUGUGAAACGUAUUCGCUCAACUGUAGACGAAAAGGAACAAAAACAACUUUUGAUGGAUCUCGAGGUGGUUAUGAAAUCGAACGACUGUAAUUACAUUGUUCAGUUUUAUGGAGCGCUCUUCAAAGAGGGCGACUGCUGGAUAUGUAUGGAGCUAAUGGACACUUCAUUGGACAAGUUCUAUAAAUAUAUUUUUGAGCAUAAGGAACAGAGGAUUCCAGAAUCCAUAUUAGCUAAAAUAACUGUGGCCACUGUUCACGCUUUGAACUAUCUUAAAGAGAACUUAAAGAUUAUUCACCGCGAUGUUAAGCCAAGCAAUAUUCUGCUGCACAAAAGAGGUGACAUAAAGCUGUGUGACUUUGGCAUUUCAGGCCAGUUGGUCGAUUCUAUUGCUAAAACGAAGGAUGCAGGUUGCAGACCAUACAUGGCGCCAGAAAGAAUAGAUCCCGAACGUGCGAGAGGCUACGAUGUCAGAAGCGACGUUUGGUCGUUGGGAAUCACCUUGAUGGAAGUUGCCACAGGCACCUUUCCAUACCGAAAAUGGGACUCGGUUUUCGAACAAUUAUGUCAAGUCGUUCAGGGCGAUCCCCCACGUCUUAAUCCGGGUCAACAAUUUUCCACAGAAUUCGUGGAUUUUGUGAACACUUGCCUAAUCAAGAAUGAAAGUGAACGCCCCAAAUAUGAUCGCCUGCUACAGAUGCCUUUCAUAUUGCGAGGAGAACGUAGUAACACAGACGUAGCUGCCUAUGUUACUGACAUCUUAGAGGCCAUGGAAAGUGAUGGCAUAACGCAAUUCACCACAAAUCAACCAGCCGAAAGUUAAUGGACUCAUAAACAUGUAAAUUCAUCACUCCUCAUUUUUUGAGAAACUAAUUAAAACAAAAUAAGAAAACCAACCAUCUGUUAGGAAAAAACAAACCCAUGCAAAAGCAUUGUUGUCUACUUGAUAGAAGGUAAGAUUUCAUGUUGGAACAUUUCGUAGCGUAGUUCUCCAAUUGAAACGUAAACAAAAUCAUAUAAUUAAUUAAGCAGCAAUGAAAAAUACUUAAAAUGUUAUAUCAUAGCAAACUGAUCACAAACUCGCUGAAAGGCUUUUAAAAGGUCACAGAAACAACAACAACUAAUUGUGAAAGAAGCUUAAAGUUUAGAAUUAUUUGCCUUGUAUUUUUUUAAAUAAUGUGUAAAAUGUCUUACAAAUAAAAUCAGAUUUUGAGUUGCAUUUUCCCACAAACGCAAUAGUAUGAAAUGUUGCGAAUAACUAUAACGAGAAGACACCAAUUUUACGCAAAUAUUAACUAACACAUAAACAAAAAUACACACAUAGCAAGGACGAUUCACCAAGAUCGUUUAAUAAAAUCAACUUAUUCAAAAAUAUAUCGCUUUUUUGUAAAAAUAAACAAAGAAAAACUCACAUAUACUCUUUACACAGUCGAGAAGCAUCUGCAUUAGAUUGAGCGCGGGCUUGGCAAAGAAUUGACAACUUUGAACAAACGCCCCCAUUAGAAUAACGGAAUCGGUUUGGCCGUUCCUCUGUCCAUUAUGCUAAGUCGAGAUAUUCUGUGCUUCGAUUUUUACAAUCUAUUAUUUAUAAGCUAAUCGGAGCAAACGAAAAUGGCGAAAUAUCCCGCAUGCGUCCAAUUUUUAAAUAUUUUAUAAAACACAUGCAAAAACAAAAAAGAAAAAAAAAAUAGUCGUAAUAUUACCACGGUUUGCCAUUACUGAUAUAAAAGCUUUUAUAUUCGUAAAAUAAGUAAAGAAGUAUUUGUUAAAUUUAUAUUCAAACAGCAAAACAUUCUGUAGCAAUUUGUAGUCCACUUUAGAUGAAUAGGCUUAAGAGGAUCAAUUAGUUAUUACAAAAAAAAGGAAUAAAUAAAAAUUAUCUAAAAAAAGGAAGCGAAAAUAUCGUUUUUUAUAUAACGUCCAAAACUAUCUUACGAGCUAAGCUUCACAAGCACAGGCAAUGCGUGUCCUCUCGUGCUCAUGCCGAUAAUCUCCAGUUCCAUUUUAAAAUUGAUCACCAUCGUAAAAUAUUGAACUCUCCUUUUCUCCAAAAUUCGAAAGCGCAUUCUGUAAACUACAAUUAAAUAUGUAACAGUUCGUCCAUAUCUCUCUGAAUAUUUUAUAGACAUACCAACAACACAGCAACCACAUGAUGACGUCUGAAUUUGUUCGAAUGUACAUUAUUAGGAAUUCUAACAUAAUAAUUCUUACUAUUUUUUUUUUUUAACUCAAACAUACAAAUACAGUCGUACUUACUUAAUUUUAAAUAAUUAAACUACUACAAGACAAACUGAAAAUAAAUUAAUGCAUAACG